AUGUCGUUUCAAGCUACAUUCAAGUACCUCGCUAUUGCCCUUGCGGCCGCUGGCUAUGCCGUCGCCGAGCCGACUAGACCAGGCUUGACAUAUCUGUACAGCCUUAACGGUACACUCGGCGAGCCAUUCUCGACGGGAGUAGGCCCGCAUGGCACGCGCGCCGUCCUUCCUGUUCUUGGUGGCCCGUUCUCCGGCCCUAACAUUUCUGGACAGGUGCUUCCUAUCGGAGCCGAUUGGGGCAUCGUUGACAGCAACGGCCUUUUCUGGGCCGAUGCACGGUACAACUUGCGGACGGAUGAUGGAGCGGAGAUCUUUGUCCAGACAAGCGGGCCUGGACAGCCUGAUGGAACAAAUCAUUUGCGAGUCAUUUUUGAGACGGGCAGUGAGAAGUACUACUGGCUGAACAACAUACUCGCCAUUGCGAUCUUGACCAACGGAACUACUACGGACGGAACUCGCUGGGCCGCCCUCGAUGCGUGGCAGGUCAACACCAGCGCCUAG